GGCCCUGGAGCUCCCCAAGAUGGAGACGGUGCCGCUUAUUCUCUGCUGAAGGAAAAUAUCUCGUGAGACGUAAGCGGGGGGAAGGGAUCGGGAGAAGAAGCGGGACCCGCACCGGGACAUUGUAGGCGCAGUGCUGAAGUUUGGGAAGAUGUCUGAUACUACUGAUAUCUGCCCUCAUCUGGAUUCAGUAGGAGAAAUCACUAAAGAGGAGCUGUUACAGAAAUCAAAGGGUACAUGUCAGUCAUGUGGUGUUGGUGGACCAAAUCUAUGGGCCUGCCUUCAGAAUGGCUGCUCCUACAUAGGAUGUGGGGAGUCAUAUGUUGAUCACAGCACAUUGCAUUCGCAGGCUAAGAAGCAUAACUUGACUGUGAACCUGACUACAUUCCGAGUAUGGUGUUAUGCGUGUGAGAAGGAAGUUUUCCUGGAACAGCGAUCCAUUGCACCGAGCCCAGCACUGUCAAGCAGAUCAACAGAGCAGGGCCCUGGCUUCGCGCUGGGCAGUUAUCCACUCAAAACUGUUCCCAUUGCUGUUGCAGAUGAGGGAGAAUCAGAGUCUGAGGAGGAUGAGCUAAAACCAAGAGGGCUCACGGGCAUGAAGAACAUCGGAAACUCCUGCUACAUGAACGCUGCUCUACAGGCUUUGUCCAAUUGUCCACCACUCACCCAAUUCUUCUUGGAGUGUGUAGGCUUGGUUCGUACAGACAAAAAACCAGCUCUUUGUAAAAGCUACCAGAAACUGAUCUCUGAGCUUUGGCACAAAAAACGUCCUAGCUAUGUUGUUCCGACAAGCCUUGCCCAUGGCAUUAAGUUGAUUAAUCCAAUGUUUCGUGGCUACGCACAGCAGGAUACACAGGAAUUUCUCCGCUGUUUGAUGGAUCAACUCCACGAAGAACUUAAGGAACCCUUGUCUGAGCGAGACUCUGAUUGCUCAAGUGACACGGAUGAAAAGCGUGAUGGUGACAGAAGCCCUUCAGAGGACGAAUUUCUGUCUUGUGACUCUGGCGCAAGCAGCGACAAAGGGGAAGGGGAGAACAGAAGCAGGUAUACUGCCGAGAAGCAAAUUGAGACUGAGCUCCUAAUUCAGGACGAAUGCGGGAAAGGAAUUUCAGAAAAGGAGAGGCAGAAAGACAGAAAAUUUUCAUGUGGACACCAUAGAUUGGGGACAGUGGAUGCAAUUGAUGAAGAUGCGGAUGUGGACACGUCUCUGAGUUCUGGAGAUGCUGGAGGUUCUGGAGAUGCUCCCACUUCCACGGCUUCCAACAAUUCCUGCAAAACGCCAGAGCCUGACAAUGACAUAAACAUGCAUUGCACAUCGCGGUCCUGCAGUCCCAUCCACCAAGAACUUCACUCCAAUUUGUCCACCAGUCCACCUCGAUCAAGUCCAAUGCGAGCGGUGUCAUCGUUUUCUCUCAAAAAAGCUCAACUUCUAUUAUCUACCAAAAAGAAAAAGCAGGCCAAGUACCGCAGUGUAAUUUCUGAUAUCUUUGAUGGGUCAAUUUUGAGCUUAGUCCAAUGUCUCACAUGUGAUAGAAUUUCUUCCACAGUGGAAACAUUUCAGGAUUUGUCAUUGCCAAUUCCUGGGAAAGAAGACCUCGCUAAACUGCAUGCGUCCAUCCACCAAAACGUACCAGUGAAAACAGGCACUUGUAGUGAUGCUUACACUACACAAGGAUGGGUUGCGUUCAUUAUGGACUAUAUUAGAAGGUUUGUUGUAUCCUGCAUCCCAAGCUGGUUUUGGGGCCCUGUGGUGACUUUAGAAGACUGCUUAGCUGCCUUUUUUGCUGCGGAUGAGCUGAAAGGUGACAAUAUGUACAGUUGUGAGCGAUGUAAAAAGUUAAGGAAUGGAGUCAAAUACUGCAAAGUCCUUAAGCUUCCAGAGAUUCUUUGUAUUCACUUGAAACGCUUUCGCCAUGAAGUGAUGUACUCCUUUAAAGUAAAUAGCCACGUGUCUUUCCCGUUGGAAGGUCUUGACCUUCGACCAUUUCUUUCCAAGGAGAGCUCAUCUCAAAUCACAGCCUACGAUCUUUUGUCUAUUAUUUGUCAUCAUGGAACUGCAGGCAGUGGACAUUAUAUAGCCUAUUGCCAGAAUGUAAUUAAUGGUCAGUGGUACGAGUUCGAUGAUCAGUAUGUCACAGAGGUCCAUGAGACAGUAGUACAGAAUGCUGAGGCUUAUGUACUUUUUUACAGGAAGAGCAGUGAAGAGGCAGUGCGGGAAAGACAAAAGGUUGUAGCUUUGGCCAAUGCGAAGGAACCCAGCCUCCUCCAAUUCUACAUCUCCAGGGAGUGGCUAAACAAGUUCAACACCUUCACAGAGCCAGGGCCAAUCACCAACUACACCUUCCUCUGUUUACAUGGAGGCAUUCCACCGAACAAGUAUCACUACAUUGAUGAUCUGGUGGUGAUUCUGCCUCAAAAUGUUUGGGAAUAUUUGUACAACAGGUUUGGAGGUGGCCCUGCUGUGAACCAUUUAUACAUCUGUUCCAUUUGCCAAGUAGAAAUUGAGGCAAUUGCUAAAAGGAGGAAAAUGGAAGUUGACACUUUUAUAAAGCUAAACAAAGCAUUCCAGGCUGAGGAGUCUCCCAGUGUCAUUUACUGCAUAAGCAUGCAGUGGUUCAGAGAGUGGGAAGGUUUCGUUAAAGGCAAGGAUAAUGAGCCUCCAGGUCCAAUAGACAACAACAAAAUUGCAAUCAAUAAGGGUGGCCAUGUUCAACUUAAACAAGGUGCAGAUUAUGGUCAGAUAUCAGAGGAAACGUGGAAUUAUCUGCUCACUAUUUAUGGCGGGGGACCAGAAAUUGCCAUGCGACAGAGUGUGGUUCAGGCUGACUUGGACAGUCCACAAGGAGAACGGAAAAUAGAAGCGGAAACCCGAGCCGUGUGACCAUUGAUCUGCCAAAAAAAUGGUUGAAAGGCUAUGAUCCUGAGGUCAAGGAUAAUGAGCACAGCACCGUUUGCACCUGUGAUGAAUCUAUGUGAGCACUUUGUAAUUUAACUGUAGAAAUCCUUUUUAAAGCUAUUUUAUUUCUUUCUGACUAAAUGUACGGCUAGAAAAAGAAGUGCAUUGCAUAAUACCAUGCAUAGUGUCGAGAGCGCUCUGGAUACAGUAAUGCUGUACUUGGAUAAGUCUUGACUGUAUUUUCUUUAAGUAGAGCCUACACUUCUGUUUGUCCUGUGUGUAUGUAUAAAACACACAUCUUGUUCUGCCAAGAGGUCUGUCAUUUGUGUAUCUUAAUUACAGUAGCGAUUUGGGCCUGCAAUAUCGUGAUGAUGCACAUGCAACAUAGCUGGUAUGGUCUUAAGCCCAAGGGUUAAAUGAAGUCUUCACAAGAUGGUUUCUUUAGGGAGAGAAUUUCUCCCAGUGGUUCUAGUAGCAGUUUGGCAAUGUCACCGAAUUACACUGUUCAAUGCUGAUGCAAUUGUUGCUAGUUUUCCAAUGUAAUCUAUGCAGCCGGUGUUUGAUCUCAACAUGUGUAAAUAUUUUUGUUUUGUUAUUCCCAAGCUCAUUAUGGCUCUCCCAUCCUACGCAUCAUUUCCCAAUUUGAUUUAUAAAUGGAAUUUGAGCUUUUAGGCAGGUUAGCUUGUUCUGAAUUUUUAUUUUUUUUUAAAUGUUUUAAAAGGGAUGACCAGAUGACUUGGUAAAGAGCAGGAGUUCCCAAAGGGGGUACUCACCAUUAUAAUUUGCUGUGUCACUGGCAUUACCAAUAUGCAUUCUUAAUUAUGUGCCAAAGUUUCUGCAUUGGAGGAAAAAUCCUCAAUAUGCAUCUUAAAAUUUUACCUGAUGGAGGAGUUGCGGGGGGCCACUGAGCUACACCUCUGAUUAAUUCCCUACAAACACAUGUUUUGGUGUAAGCAUUCAACUCAAGGACACAAUUUGAUUGAGGAGGGGGAGUUGGAGAGUUAAAUGAAUACAAAACGGUAGCCAUCCACAUCCCAUGUAGAAAAAAUUUAAGAUUUCUAUCUCAGAAUAAAAAUAUAAAGAACAGCAAGAUCAAUAUGAUAAUGGUGGAAGACCCCAAAUGCCAUCUUCCUAUGCUGUCCCAAAUCCCUUACUGCUUUGGUAUUGAAAUCUAUCAAACUCUGCCUUGACCAUGUUCAACAACUAAGCAUCUACAGCUCACUCUCUGGUAGAGAAUUCCAAAGAUGACAAUGUAGAACUGAGAUGUGAAAUUUCUUUACUCAGGAUUGUGAAUCCUUGAAAUUUUGUACCACUUGAGGUGACAGGGCAAGAAGAUAGAGUUGAGGGAGAAGGUCAGGCUGGUAUUAUUGAAAAGCGAAGCAACUCGAGAGUUUGAAUCACUUAUUCCUUUGACAAAUUAACUCAUUUAAACACAUCUUGAGUUUUGUAGUCACCUCCUUAAUUCAUUUGCUUAGCUGAUUUAUGCAUUAAGUUCCUGCCUUGCUGUAUUACUUUAGAUGAUUCACUUUAAACAACUUCCAAUUUUCAAACUGGUUUUCUAAAUUCUAGAAGUUAUGAGCGUUACAGCAAUAGUUCUGAAUUUGAGAGCAUUUAAACAAUUGUUUCCUACAUGGACUGAAACCUCAUGUUGCACCAGUUCCUCCAUUAACUCAUCAAAAUUUGAAAUUCCAAUGCUGAAUUACGGGGAAAAUAUACUUUUUUUUUCCUGGAUGAGUCCUUAGUAACAAUAGAACAUUAACGUUCUUCCACCUCAGUUGGAAAUCUUGACCUUUGCUUAGAUGCUUUUGAAUUUGGUGUUUUACCUAACAUGGCUUAAUCUGAUCAGAGAUCUGUCUGUCCGGAAAUAUUGAACAGAUGCUAUUCAGUUCAUCCCGGUCUUGUAUUAAAAACUUCUGCCUCACCUUAGUGUUGGUAAAAGAACCUUAAGUGCCCACACCCAGGUCAAGAAUUGAACAUUGCAUUCUGCAAUGUCAACUACUGCUAGUUCUACGUUUGCCAUGAUAUAUCAGGCUUUGGACUUGUUCUGUCAGCAGACCCAGAUCUGUCCAGCUUCCUGCCACUUUUUUCCUGAGAAAAGUGAGGUCCCUGGUCAUGAGCAUGCAAUGAAAUACAGUUCAGUUAUGUAAUUGAAGAGCACAAAAUCUCUAGUCAAAUGUUUGUAUUAGCAAUCUGUUAAAAUAGUUUCAGUAGCUUAUUUGAAUAGUUGGGGAUUUUGUAGUUGCACUUUGCCAGUUUGGGUUCAGUGAAAUUUUGGUUGAUAUUAGCCUUGUUCUGCUGUAUGAAUGUCUAUGUUAGAGAUUGUUCACCACUUUCUGCAUGCUCAGAAUGGAACAUGUGGCAAAACAUCCUCCGUUUGUAGAGAGGGGCAAAGAAGAGAAUGGGAGGGGAUUGGGUGGUGGCGUUGCUGGAUGUGGAAUGUAAGUGUUCGCGCAAAGGCUUGUCAGCCUGUCUGAAUCUGCAGAGGAAGAGAAUGCUAAAGGGAUAUUGAACUUCAGAUUAAAAACAAUAAUAAAUAAAUGAUGAGCUGCUUAGCCACCUCCAGUGACCUUUGCCUUGCCCCACCACUGACCCACCCACCAGGUUGUAAGCUAGCCUCUGCAUUUCAACCUGGAGAAACCAAUUAUUGUAGAAACUAGUUUGAUUUUCAAAUUAUUGUUCAUGAGUUACCAUCUCUCUUUUUUCAACCGCCCCACCCCACCUCCUUCUACCUCUCUUCACUCCACAGAGGGAUGUAUGAUCUUGUAGUUUCCCUUGAAAUAACAUUUUAAAGAUAUUUGCUUUUGGAAGUCUAUUUAAAAAUUGAGUGAAAUAUUUUUCAACUGCCUCAUGGAGAUGAUUGAAAAUUUAAUUCCACGAUUUGAAAGAUUAGAGUAGUACCCCAGUAUUGGAGUGUAAUUUUGUUUUCUGUCACUCAUGCGCAUGUACAUAUUAUGCAUGUAUGAGAUAUUAAGUAUUCGCUUUUAAUGAAAAUAAAGAACACUUUUUUUUAAAGUUCUGGGGUAGGGUUGUGGUACCCCAGAGAGGUUGAAAAAAUUGCAAAUCUACUAAAAUUUGGCUCUCUUGGUUACCAAUAGUAGACGUUCCCUGGCAUUACUCACAAUGGACAUUUUUUAUUGAGAUUUAGAUUAAUCAAUAGCAGUGAAAAUUUUCCAAAAUUGAGUUACGGCAGUUGUGGGCAUUUUUAAGCUGUAGGUACCAUAAAAGACAUAUGAAUGUGCAAGACUGGUCAAAUGUUAUAACGGUAGAAGUUUGUAAAACACAAGAUUCUUACACAGAAAAGAGAAUACUGAGACUUUAAAUCAAGCCAUCUUAAGAGGUACAGGGUUGAAAAUUGAAUUUUUUUCCCCCUGACCUCCACCUGUGUGGCCGUUUGGUAUAGAACAAGGAAGGAAAGGUAUUGAUGCAUAACAGCUGUGUUGACUUUUAAAAUGGUCUUUUCUACUUUUCUGAUAAUAUAUGCUGAAGAGUGGUCCCCUGCAGAAUGGCCUCCAUAUCAACAAUGGGUUGUUUUGCUGCCUCCUGUGUUAAUAUUUCUGUGGUUCUAAGAAAGCUGCACAAUAUUCACAGCUGUAAUAUACUUGCUGUCCAUGAAUUUGAACAGGUGUGUCAUAUACUUUCAGGCUGGUGUAUUUUACCUUGGUCUACAGCCAGAUUUAUAUAUAUUUUGGUGCAGUUCCUAAGGAAUAAUUUCCUACUAUUGAGUUCCUUUGUGCAAAGUCUUGUUUUUAUUGCAGAUACGUUUAAGAAUAUUUGUAUGAAAAAUAUUGUGUGAAUUAUUUUUGUAACUAAAUACUCUCCAGAAUUUUUGUUCUUUAAAAAGUACUACCAAAAAUAUUGGUUGUCCAGUUGCCCAGAUUGAAAGCAUUCAAUAUGCAAAUCUAGUUGAUGUAUUUAAAGAGAUUCAGUGUUGUAAGUAUAGGAAAUCUUCACCUGGAAACCAGAACUAGGUGAUACUAGCUUUAAAAUUACAGCUAAGUCAUUCUGGAGUGAUAUGUUUCCACACAGGUUAAAGAAAAUCAGGAAUUCCCAGAUGCACAUGUUAGGUUGGUGAUUUUUUUUGUUCAUGACUGAGAUCAGUAGUUUUUCAUUGGGUAAAGAUGAGGUAGAUGGGACACAGCUGGGCAAGUGGAGCUGAGGCAUAGAUCAGACAUAGUCUGAGUGACAGUGAUUUGAAUGAUUGGACAGAAACCUCCCUUUCCUAUGCUCCAAAUCCCCAAUAUGUUAUAUACCUUAUCAGGACAAGGAGUAGUGGAUCCAUUCUUUCUAGUGGAUGGGAAGUGAUCAGUCUUAUUUUAGAUAGUUAGUGACAUAUUGCCAUAUUGUUGGGUUAUAUUGCAGAGUGUUUUCAGAAAUGUUUGCCGUUAAUGGCAUGGUCACUCACCUUGAGAAAUGAAGAAUAUUCCUAGAUUAAAGGUCUACUUUGUCCACGGAAUAAUGCAACCGAAGUAGCUAGAUUUUUCCCAUCUUGCGGAAAAUUAAGAAUUGUUUGUAUUGAUCCCCUACUUCACGAAUCUCUAUCUGACAGGAUACUUCCUUUAAUAGACUUUUUGCUUUUAUAUAGUUCCCUUCUGAGUUUUGAAAUUUAAUCAAAGUGUAUGACUAAUUUUUACCGAACCUGUUACCGAGGGAAAAUGCCCAAAGGUCUGUAUAAAACACUGCCCUGUCGCUAAGGUUUCAAAUUGAUUCAAUUUUGCUACUCUAAUUAUAAAAUGGAAUGUGAAUCUCUUGCACUGGCUGAACUGCUGAUUCAGUGUUAUAAUGUGUUGCCUUGACACAAUUUGUAAAGGUGGGAUUAAUCUGCUGUAAUCUUUUAUCUUGUGUAGCAGCUGCAAAUUACAAAUUUAAAUUAUUCUCUCAAUUGUACACUUAACGUGAUGGGGUUCAUUAUUGCUUCAUAAGUAAUGCGGAGCUGUUAAGUGCAUAAAUAAAGUGAAAUAAAUGGCAUGAAUAGCUUUAUUAAUUACUUCAUUUAAUUGUACAGUCUGAACAAUUGCCAUUAUGACACAUUUUAGCAAAAUUGAUUUUAAGAAUGUAUGGUUUGUGUUCUUUUUUCAAAGUCUGUUUAUUGUUCAUUUACAGAUGUUUUCAAUAUUCACAAACAUUCAUGUAAACCAUACAGAGCAACUUUAUUUAGCCAUGAUAUGGUGUGGACAAAGUCAGAAGUCAUGCAAUACCUGGUUAUAGCCCAACAGGUUUAAUUGAAAUUUCAAGCUCUCAGAGCGCUCCUCCUUCAGGUGAACGUCACCUGUCGAAACAGCUGCACUUCCAGCUCAUGAUUUCAAAUAAACCUGUCAGACUAUGACCUGGUGUUAUGACUUCUGACAUUAUUUAGAUACAUGUCGGUGAAAUGAUUAGUUUCUCUCCAUUUUUCCAUCCAUUCCUUUUGACACAAAGUUUAAAAAGUCCCACGUCUGUCUUUGUUAAAAGCUUGUCAUUUCCACUUUAAGAAUCACCAUUUACAUAGCUAGAAACCAAUUUUCUUUAGAAAAUAAACUAUUUUGUAUGACUAAUCAUCAUUUUCUUGCACUGUGCAUAUCUUGAAAUGGCUAAGGGGCUAGUUUUCAUGUAGCAAAUAUAGAUUUCACAAAAGACUGAUUUGACACUAUUUAGUAACUACUAAAAGCAGAAGAGUUUUCUGCGAUGAGAAAAAGAUUAGUCCAUCAUUACAUGGCAAAGAUUACUGUGCAUGCAUGUCCCGUUCAUAAUUGUAUAAACUGUCCUAAAUUUCAUAAUCAUCAAACAACUUUAUUUCUGAAUAGUUUAACUAUAUAUUUAUAGCAAUACACUGGUUGCCUCAGUUGCUGAAAUCCUGAUUCUCGCUUUGGAAGUCCAAUUGGUGCAAUAUAUGCCUGCAUCAGUGUGUUUUGACUGUAGCAAAAAAGUCCUCUUGGACCAAUUGGAGAACUUACAGCACCGUGGAAUCCAUCAGAAGUUUGCAAUGUGGAGCAGUUUGCUUUUCUAAUCCAGUUUAGAGCUUCACUCAUGUUCAACUCCUCCACAAAGGCAGCAGGAUUUUCUCAAUGAGUUCAUACAGAAGAUCUCACUGUAUUGGCACAUAACCUUGUCUGUACAUGCCGGUUUGGAGCAGUUAUGAUGUGCUUCCAUUGCUUAAUAACAAAAAUAAAUUAAAAACAGCUCUGGAGAAACUCAGCGGGUCUGGCAGCAUCUAUGGCGACAGGAAGGGUCUUAAUGCGGAGUCCCAUAUGACACUUCGUUGGAAAGUCAGUUCUCUUCCCAGAUGCUGCCAGACCUGUCUGAAUUUCUCCAGCACUUCCUGGUUUAUUUCAGAUUUCCAGCAUCUGCAGUUUUUGCUUUUAACGACAAGUGUUCUGUCUUGAGUUUCCUUGCCCUAUUUAAGAAAUUCCAGUGAGAAGUGGCUUGUUCAGAGUUUGCACUUAGAUUUCUACAAAACUGGAAAUGUUCCUUCGUGUGAGUAGGCUAGCCUACUUUGUGUUUUGACAUUUCACUUGAUUCAAAGAUAGACCAAAUUUAGAAGUCAGCAUCUUGAGCCAACUUGUCAUUUGAACUGAGGCAUCAAAGUUUGGGCAUAAAAUUGUCAAAAGGCAUGAUUGUCAACUAUGGAAUCAACUGGUCAAUCAUCGUAGUGUGGCACACGUUCGCUUUAGACCAACCUACCAUGCUCCAGUGCUAUUGAGGAGACCUCCAUGACUAAGGGAGAAAAUUGAACCUCUGUAUAGAGUUGGGGCUUAAAAAAAUAACUUGCUGAUUUUGGGGAAAAGGGAAAUCCUGUGCAUAAUUUUAUGAUUGUCCUGUGAUCUGUGUGUUGUUUCUGAUAACUCGUUUAAAUUUCUAGGCAGAAGAAACAAAUCAUAAAUGGAUAUUCUUUAUUGUUCACAACCUUGUCACUUUAACACAUGAAAAUGGUUCAGCUUUGUUAAUUACAAAAAAAAUGACCUGAUAAACAGGACGUACAGGUCUAAUGCUUUUGUAUCUUCACUCCUGGCCAAGAGAAAUUUUGGGCAUGUUAUGAUCCUAUGGUCUUUUUUUAUUUUUCAUGUUGAGGAUCUGUUUGAUCCCAGUAUCUGAAUGUUUGGACAAGAUGAUUUAUUUAUUGGUUUAUGAGCCCUCGAUUACAACACUAAAGUGAAAUAAAAGGGGGAGCUUAUUAGGCACUUUUUAAAUAUGUUGUGUGUUAAGAAACAUGAAUGUUAAACUAUCUAAAGCUGUUUGUCAAAGUGGUUUCAGUGAUUUGACCUUUCAACAGCUCAGUCGGGCACCAAAUCAGUGCUUAAGGAUGUCAUCCUUGCAAGUGUCUGCUGACCUGUUGGCCAUAAGGAAUCAACCAGCACGAAUUUCUAUUAGAUUUACGUUUGAUUGACGUGUAAAUAGAUCUUGGACAUGUUCGGGUGUCCUGCUCAAGAACUAAAAUGAGUACAGCAGGCAAUU